GCUGCAGGUGGACUUGGCCAUGGCCCUGCAGCGCGUGCGGAUCUCCGACAAGUACGGCCAGAGCUACCUGUGCCUCCUCCAGGCGGUCUUCCUGGCGGAGACUGAGCUGCUUCUGCGCAUAAAGGACAUCAACCACUUCUUAAUGCAAGACAUUGCCUUCCUAUCUGGUGGUCGUGGAAAAGACAAUGCAUGGAUCAUUACGUUUCCAGAAAAUUGUAAUUUCAGGUGUAUACCGGAAGACGUGAUAGCAAAAGUGCUGACUUACUUGACUUCUAUUGCGAGACAAAAUGGAUCUGACUCCCGGUUUACCAUUAUUCUUGAUCGAAGGUUGGAUACAUGGUCUUCUCUCAAAAUCUCUCUCCAAAAAAUCUCAGCUUCCUUCCCUGGGAGCUUGCACUUGGUUUUGGUUCUGCGCCCCACCAGUUUUCUUCAACGAACGUUCACAGACAUUGGGUUUCGAUUUAGUCAGGAGGAUUUCAUGCUGAAGUUACCGGUGGUUAUGCUGAGCUCAGUUAGUGAUUUGCUGACAUACAUUGAUGACAAGCAAUUAACCCCUGAGUUAGGCGGCACCUUGCAGUACUGCCACAGUGAAUGGAUCAUCUUCAGAAAUGCAAUAGAAAAUUUUGCCCUCACAGUGAAGGAAAUGGCUCAGAUGUUACAGUCCUUUGGAACUGAACUGGCUGAGACAGAACUUCCGAAUGAUAUUCCUUCCAUAGAAGAAAUUCUUGCAGUUCGUGCUGAAAGGUAUCAGCUGCUCAAGAAUGAUAUCACAGCUGUCACCAAAGAAGGAAGAAUUCUGCUCACAAAUCUGGAAGUGCCUAACACUGGGGAAGCUGUCAGUUCAAGACUUGACCAUCAUCAGCACAUAGGUGGUGACUGGCAGACUAUUAAUAAAUUGCUGACUCAAGUACGUGAUAUGGAAAUAGCUUUUGAUGGAUUUUGGGAAAAGCACCAACUGAAAAUGGAGCAGUAUCUGCAACUAUGGAAGUUCGAGCAGGAUUUCCAAGAGCUCGUGACUGAAGUGGAACUUCUAUUAAACCAACAAGCAGAGUUGGCAGAUGUAACAGGCAAUAUAUCUCAAAUAAAGCAAAAACUAAAAAAGUUGGAUAACUUAGAUGAAAGCUCUCAGGAUGUAUUAGCAAAGGCCCAGUUUGUGAUAUUACAUGGACACAGACUUGCGGCCAAUCACCAUUAUGCACUUGAUUUGAUCUGCCAGAGGUGCAAUGAACUACGUUAUCUUUCCGAUAUUUUGGUUAAAGAGAUCAAAGCAAAACGGAUACAGCUGAGCAGGACCUUCAAAAUGCAUAAACUUCUACAGCAGGCUCGUCAGUGCUGUGAUGAAGGAGAAUGUCUUCUAGCUAACCAGGACAUGGGCAAGUUUCAGUCUAAAGAAGAUGCUAAGAAAGCUCUCCAGGACAUUGAACAUUUUCUUGAAAUGGCUCUGCCCUUUAUAAAUUAUGAUCCUGAAAAUCUACAGUAUGAAUUUGAUGUAAUUUUAUCCCCUGAACUCCAGGUUCAAAUGCAGACCGUGCAAGUCAAGCUUGAAAAUAUUCGAAGUAUAUUUGAGAACCAACAAGCUGGUUUCAGGAACCUGGCAGAGAAGCGAAUGAGGCCCAUCAAAUUUAUGGUCCCGUCCUCUGACAAUUUGAUCACACCCAGAGCAUCAUUUUGGUCGGCUAAACAUGUGGGAGUUGGAUAUUCUUUCUUUCAAGCAUGUAAACUUUUUUCAAAAGGCAAGAAGAGUUGGCGACAAAACCAGAGCAACCUAAAAAUUGAAGUGGUGCAUGAUUGUCGAGAGAAGAGAAAUUCUGGUCAAACUUCCAGUUUGAACAAUGACAAUAACUUGGAUGUUUUAAAGAACCACGUCCUCAAUGAGCUGGUACAGACAGAGAGGGUUUAUGUUCGGGAGCUGUUUACUGUUUUGUUGGGCUACAGAAUGGAGAUGGACAAUCCAGAGAUGUUUGAUCUUAUGCCACCUCUCCUGAGAAAUAAAAAGGAUAUUCUCUUUGGAAAUAUGGCAGAGAUCUAUGAAUUCCAUAACAACAUUUUCAUGAACAGUCUGGAAAGUUGCAUUGAGGCUCCAGAAAAAGUGGGACCUUGCUUUCUGCAAAGGAAAGAUGAUUUUCAGAUGUAUGCAAAAUAUUGUCAGAAUAAACCCAGAUCAGAAGUAAUUUGGAAGAAGUACUCAGAAUGCAGCUUUUUCCGGGAAUGUCAAAGGAAAUUACAACACAGGCUUGGUCUGGAUUCCUAUUUACUGAAACCAGUGCAACGAAUUACUAAAUAUCAGUUACUGUUGAAGGAGCUAUUAAAAUAUAGCAAGGACUGUGAAGGAUUUGAUCAAUUAAAGGAGGCCCUUGACACAAUGCUGGAUUUACUGAAGUCAGUUAACGACUCGAUGCAUCAGAUUGCAAUAAAUGGCUACAUUGGAAAUUUAAAUGAGCUGGGCAAGAUGAUAAUGCAAAGUGCAUUCAGUGUUUGGAUUGGACAUAAGAAAGGUGCUACAAAAAUGAAGGAUUUUGCUAGAUUCAAACCAAUGCAGCGACACCUUUUCUUAUAUGAAAAAGCCAUUAUUUUUUGUAAAAGGAGAGUGGAGAGCGGAGAAGGGUCCGACAGAUACCCAUCGUACAGUUUCAAGAACUGUAUGAAAAUGGAUGAAGUUGGAAUCACUGACCAUGUAAAAGGAGAUACCCGCAAAUUUGAAAUCUGGUGUGGUGAGAAGGAAGAAGUUUAUAUUGUCCAGGCUCCAAGUGUAGAUGUGAAGAUGACAUGGUUAAAAGAAAUACGAACUAUUCUGUUGAAGCAACAGGAACUUAUGACAGUUCAAAAGCAAGCACAAAAUAACCAGUUAACAGAACAGGAUCCAUUUUCCUGUCAACAGAAUGAUGAAAAGCAACAAGGAGCUUUUAUAAACUCUGAGGAAACUGAAUCGGAGCCCAGCAAUGCCAUGGCGGAGGUUGGUGCGGCUUUCUCCUCACUUCCGGCAGAAGGGCCCGCAGUUUGGACUGAGAUGUUACCACGUUCCGAAAUCCCUGAUGAGCCUGAAGAGUGGUCCAGAAACUAUUUCUGCUCUCCUUGUGAUGACAAUGAAGAAGAAGAAAGGCCCCUAAUGAUGCUGCUCUGAGUAACACAAGGAAAGUAAGUUCCCCUUGAACUAAAGGAGCAUGGAAUAGACUUAAAAAUAAGAUUCCCUAUGGAGAUGUGAGGUAGAUUUUAUGUCUUAAAAGUGUCACAGCACAAGAAUCAGGGUGAUCACAUGCUGCCCGUGACAGUCAGCGUUUCUUCGGGACCGAGGUCGGCUUUGUCAUUCCCAUUGAGUGUCAUUCUUGCCAGAAGGUCAUCUUCAGUCCUUCCGCUCUCGCCAGGUGAAAAAUGCAUUGUUGUUUUGUUUCCAAGGAGGACUUUCCAUGGCAUACAUUCCAAUUCCAUCUGAAUUGAAUUCAGGAUUCAAUUCUGAAAACUGGAACUCUAUUAUUUUGAACACUUGCAGGUUAAAAAACAUUACUUGUAAUAUUUUGGGUAACGCUUCAGAACAAAACAGAAAAAUCCAAAGAGUAUCAUCAGUUUUUUAAACCGCUUUGCUAAUUGAUAGUUUAUUUUAUUAUUUAAUUCUGUUAUCUAUGUGAGGACAAUAUACCAAAGGGAUAGGUUCUGAAAGACCUCUUUUGCACAUUGAUUGGUCUAUAGGUUUCUCAGAGCUGUCUUAUGGUUCUAAAACCAGCCAAAGCUAAAAAAAUCCUGGAUGUGUUAGGCUGCAUUGAGGUUUAUAAAAUGUUUGUGCAUUGAAAUGUUAAGACAUAUGUCACAGCUAUUAAGUUAAGUAUUCAUAUUUGCACAACGGUGUUCCUGUAGCAAAACUCUACUUCCCAGUGUCUUCACUUGCUUUUGGGGUUUCUAGAAAAAUCUCUUCUUGUCAAGGUUUUCUUAAGUUAGAUUUUGUUUCUUCCUAGUGUUUUUCUUUGAUAAUACAUGUCCAGAUGCCUUUCUUUUAAAUAUGCAAACAGUGUGAUCACUUGUUCAAAGCCCAGGGCCAGCUGUGUUGUACAGUAUUGAAUUUAUGCUUGUAGUAUUUUUAUUUUGAACUACUGCAGACAAUAGUUUGAAAUUGGCUGCGUUCAGACUCAUGGACUGUUGUGUUUUACUAUCAUGUGGGCAUAUUAGGUGCAUGGUUUUGAUGACUGGUUUUAUAAUAAAUAAUAAUAACUAAUACAUAAUUUAUGUUUUAAGCAGGUUCGUGUAUCAUGCCAAGAUCAUAGUUCAUGCCAGUGGUAUCAUUUGAUGUAACAAUUUGUAUACAAACCUAUUGUAUUUUUAUUCAAAGUUACCUGCAAAUUAUAAAUCUUCUAAUAUCCAAUUGUUGGGACUUAUGAUGGCUGAUUUAUAACUCACUCAUUAAAAUGUCCAUAGAUUGGAUAUUUCACUUAAUGCUUCUGCAAAAAUAAUAAUAGCAAAAUUAAAUUAAAAUGCAGUUCUUUUGGGUGCUGAUCCUGCAGUAAAAAGAAUUAGGAGAUAAAAUUUUUCACAAAUGAUGCCCCUCUGCAGAAAAUAUUUUAAUUUCAUAGUAUUAAACUAGGGGUUUUAAUCAGUUAAGACAGUAUUAAGUUCACUGGAUUCAAACGUACAAUUAAGGCCUUUUAAUGUUUUAAUUGCUGUACAAUGAAUGCUAUAUUUGUAUAUGUAUUUGUAUAUGUAACAGCACUGUAUUAAUUGUAUUGGGCUAUAAAUGUGUUACUAUAAAACAUAGUAGCAGUUUCCCUUUAAGUCUUCAAAUUUUAAUUACAUUCUAAAUAUACUUACAAUGUAUAUGUACUUGCAUUAACUCCACAUUAAAGAUA